AUGAUGCAAGAUCUUCUACAGUUGUCUGAAGAUUUUGAAUGUCAGCUGAGUCUAUCUAGUGGGCCUCCCCUUAGCAGACCGGUGUACUCCAAGAAAGGCCUUCAACAUAAAAAGGAACUCCAGCAGCUUUUAUUUUCAGUCCCACCGGGACAUUUGCGAUAUACUCCAGAGUCCCUCUGGAGGGACCUGACCUCAGAGCACGAAGGACUACAGGAGUUAGUAAACAACCAAGUGCAACCUUUCUCCCAGGGAAUUGUGAUCCUCUCUAGAAGCUGGGCUGUGGACCUGAACUUGCAGGAGAAGCCAGGAGUCAUCUGUGAUGCACUGCUGAUAGCACGGAACAGCACCCCCAUUCUCUACACUGUCCUCAGGGAGCAGGAUGCAGAGAGCCAGGACUACUGCACUCGCACCGCCUUUACUUUGAAGCAGAACCUGGUGAACGUGGGGGGCUACACCGGGAAGGUGUGUGUCAGGGCCAAGGUCCUCUGCCUGAGUCCUAAGAGCAGUGCAGAGGCCUUGGAGGCUGCAGUGUCUCCGAUGGAUUACCCCGCGUCCUAUAGACUUGCAGGCACCCAGCACAUGGAAGCCCUGCUGCAGUCUCUCGUGAUUGUCUUGCUUGGCUUCAGGUCUCUCUUGAGUGACCAGCUCGGCUGUGAGGUUUUAAAUCUGCUCACAGCCCAGCAGUAUGAGAUAUUCUCCAGAAGCCUCCGUAAGAACAGAGAAUUGUUUGUCCACGGCUUACCUGGCUCAGGGAAGACCAUCAUGGCCAUGAAGAUCAUGGAGAAGAUCAGGAAUGUGUUUCACUGUGAGGAAAAGAGAAUUCUUUACGUUUGUGAAAACCAGCCUCUGAGGAACUUUAUCAGUGAUAAAAAUAUCUGCCAAGCAGAGACCCGGAAAACUUUCAUAAAAGAAAAGUUUGAACACAUUCAACACAUCGUCAUUGACGAAGCUCAGAAUUUCCGUUCUGAGGAUGGGGACUGGUAUGGGAAGGCAAAAACCAUCACUCGGAGAGCAAAGGAUGGCCCAGGAAUUCUCUGGAUCUUUCUGGACUACUUUCAGACCAGCCACUUGGAUUGCAGUGGCCUCCCCCUUCUCUCAGACCAGUAUCCAAGAGAAGAGCUCACCAGAAUAGUUCGCAAUGCAGAUCCAAUAGCCAAGUACUUACAAAAAGAAAUGCAAGUAAUUAGAAAUAAUCCUUCAUUUAACAUCCCCCCUGGUUCCCUUGAGGUACUUCUUGAAGCUGAAUGGUCCCAGGGUGUUCAGGGAACCUUACAAAUUAAGAAACGCUUGACUGUCGAGCAAAUAGUGACCUUUGUGGCAGACACCUGCAGAUUCUUCUUUGAAAGGGGCUAUUCUCCAAAGGAUGUUGCUGUGCUUGUCAGCACUACAAAAGAAGUGGAGCGCUAUAAGUAUAAGCUCUUGAAAGCAAUGAGGAAGAAAAGGGUUGUGCAGCUCAGAGAUGCAUGUGAUAUGUUGGGUGAUCACAUUGUUUUGGACAGUGUCCGGCGAUUCUCAGGCCUGGAAAGGAACAUAGUGUUUGGGAUCAAUCCAAGGACAGCUGACCCAGCUAUCUUACCCAAUAUUCUGAUCUGUCUGGCUUCCAGGGCAAAACAACACCUAUAUAUUUUUCCGUAGGGUGGCCAUUAGGAAGAACUCCAAACCAAAAUGCUCUGUAAAUGUCUGUGGGUGACAGUCUGCUGAUGGUAGAAACCUUUCUUUUUAGUUUACAAGUCAGAGAUUUGGACAGAGCUGACAGAGAGUUUGGAGUUCCCCCAUUUCUGGCUCUCCUUUCAGGGUUCCUCACCCAACUCUUUUCAGCAGUGGUGGUUGCCCCCCAUUCUGACCCCUGACUCUUUCAGCCAGAAAGAUGGUGGUUUUCUAAAGGAGCUUUGGCUGCCCUGCACAAUGCAGAUCUGUGUCUUGCACUCUGGUUAAAAGCCAUAAAAAUAAGAACUCAGCCUGUGGCCUGUCUUUCUUCCAAGGCUUGGCUUCUUUUUUUUUAAGUCCCUUCAUGUAGUUUGUUGCUUUUAAACAUUUGUCCAGAAUUGUUUUCUGCAGAAACCUGAUCUGUUAGGAGCUUACUGACCAUAACAGAAGCAAUUGUUCCUGAAUUCUUCACAUUUAUCUUUGCUGUAUUCAUUUAGGGCUUGGGAGAGUCCCAAGAUAAUUCAGUCACUGUCAGAUUAAUAAUUUUGUCAGAACAAAGAUUACUGUUGUGAUAAUUUAAUCCUUUAAAAUUGUGAUCUCCAGAGCUUGGUCUCAGAAUGGCCCAGACCAAAGCUUAAUUGUGAUAGUGAAUAUUAAUGGUCACUUUAAAGAGAAAGUAUAGGCCAAAAUGAAAUGAACAGAAACCUGUUUGCCCUGGCUUUCAGCGGAAGAUAAUAUUAGAGACCAAAAUCUGGUUCUGAAGAUGUGUAUCAGCCCUAAGGUGAACCGAACUUGAGAAAGGUUGUCUUUAAAAAUCAAUGAGUUUAUGUUUUAACUUCUCAGUUUAGUUCUAUGCAUUGUUCUAUAACACACCUAGUUAAGUUUUAUGUCAUUCUUGAACUGUGAUUUUUUUUUUCCAUUUACUUUCAUGAUUUGGUGGGCCAUUGUUAUGGACAGAAUGUUUGUGUCCCACCCUUCACCCCCCAGUUCCCAUGUUGAAGCCCCAACCUAUAGUGUGGAGCUGGGGCUGUUAAAAAAGUAAUGAAAGUUAUAUGAAGUCAUGGUGGGGCCGUGAUCUGCUAAGGUUGGUGUCCUUAUAGGAGGAGACCCCAGAGAGCUUGUUCCCUCCCUCCUUGUGCAUGCAAACAAGAGGGUGUGGGAGCACACAGAGAGGUGGCAGCCACCUACAAGCCAAGAGGAGAAGCCUCACAAUGAAACUCUUGCUGCUGGCACCUCUGUCUUGGACUUCCAGCCUCCAGACUGUGAGAAACAAAUUUCUGUUGUUUCAGCUGCUCAGUCUCUAGUGUUUUGUUAUUGCAGCCCGAGAACACAGCUGUAUGAUUAUUUGUCAAACAGAAAACACUGAUACUUAACAAUGCUAAUGCAAUUAUGUAUUUGCUUUUCAGUCUCUACAAAAUAUUCUAAAAUACUAAUCUAAAUACUAACAAUAAGAUAUUUGCAUAACUAAUGGAAAUUAAGAAAUCAUAUGCCCAAUAUUUCACUUAUUAGUAAUCUUACUCUGCUGAUUUCCCCCCAAAUUGUGAGUUUUGAACUUCCCUGCCUUUCUCCUGUCUUUCUGUGUUAAUUCAUGGAAUUCCAGUUAUCUAGCCUUGAAAUUGUAGGCUCUCCUAACUUAAGCAAAAUCUGACAGAUCAGCAAAAUAAGGAGAAAAAUGCUUCUUCUUUCAUUCUGACUGCAUUAAAUCAGGUACAACUCAGCAUUAAAAAGCUGUCUUUGUAAAUGUUUUCCUAAUAAAUUAGUCUUAUAAGAUCCCUGGACUUUGGAGUUGUUGUAAUGUCUUUGAGAGUAAUUCUUUAAAUGUCUAAUUUUGACUGGUUGUAUCUCUUUAUGAUUUAUUGCCCCACUAACAAUAUUUGAAACGAAAUAUAUUUUUAAAUGUAUAAAUAAUUAUGAAUUUUUGUUUAGACCAAAGAGGAUUACUGAUAUUUGUUUCCAUAUGAACGGCAAAAGGUUUAGCUUACAGAUCUACUGCAUUUCUGUUUUAAAUAAAAAGUUGAGAGUUUGUGUCUCAUUAAACUG